AUGGAGGAGCUGCCCGUCAUCUUAGAGAACAUCACGGUUCACAGGAACAUCGUCCUGCCUGAGACGAGAAUCUCCCGUGAACCAGGCACUGUGCGACUCAUCACCAUCGUGCACUCCUCUGGCGAGUUCGAGGUGAUGGAAGACGGCACGCUGGCCGCAAGUGGCUGCAUUCGCGCGGUCCAAGGUGGAGCCUCGCCGAUCGACACGGAGUUGCCGGUGGCCUCUACCGAGGGCAUAACGUACGAGCUGGACGCCGAAGACAUAUACAAGGACCUCGCCGUUCGUGGUCAUGACUACCAAGGAGCUUUCCGAGGCAUCAUGAAGGCUGACAUUCAAGGGUCGCACGGAAUGCUCCAAUGGCAGAAGAACUGGGUGACCUUCUUCGACAGCAUGAUUCAGUACAUCAUGUUCAAGAGCCCUGAUCGAGAGCUCCGCAUGGCUACUAGCAUUGAAUCGUGUCGCUUCGACCCCUGCGUUCACGACGAAGUCAUCAAGAAGACCGAUGACACAGGACUAAGGUGUGCAAGUCACCUACAAUCCGGCGACAGACACUUGCCGUGCUGGAGGCGUCGUCAUACGAGGCCUAAAGACCAGCACCAUUACAGCGGGACCGAGCAACAGACGCCGCUUGUCGAAGAGUAUCGUUUCGUACCAUACAUGGACGACAAAGACAGCAUGGACAAGAGAGAGUCAAUCACACGUGAAUACGUUGAAGUCUGCUACAGCGUUGCCAGGCGAGCCCUCGACAGCUGCUGCGACAGUAAGUCUUCUGUUCGUGACGUUAUGAGCGACGUCCGUAACAUCCCCGAGCACGUGGUCAGCCAGUAUCUAGAAGACUCUCAUAUGAGCCACGGCCUCCUGCGGUUUCUUCACGCUGUCCAUCAGCAAGCAGAUCGCAUUGACACUUCCCUUGCGGCGUAUAUCCAGUCAGCUUUUCCUGCACACAGCGAAGACUUGGAAACCGAUAUACUCAGCACUGCCCUCUUUGAGGAAGAUCCUUUGAGAUUCCUCCUUGACACCGUGGUCGAAAACACCGACCCGAAGAAGCUCAGAGUACUGGAAUUGGCGGCUGAAGGGAGUGACUGUCUGCUCGCCUCCUGGUUAGCGACGUAUCUUUCCAAGUUCAACUUGUUGCCUACUACCGAGUACACAAUAGCACAUUCAUCUCCAGAGCGACUGUCAGGAAAGGUCCCUCAAGGUGCCACGGUAGUGUCAUUUGGCUCGGCCGCAUCUAGGAAGACGCUUCCUGAAGUGGACUUGAUUGUGGCCCGAAGCGCCACCUGGUCCUCUAGUGAAACCAGAAACCUCGUCGAUGAAGUGUCUUCUAUUUGUAGAGAAAAUGGUUUCGUUUUGAUCGCCAAGCGUACAGCACUGACACCUGCCGAACGGUUACUCGGUGAAUUCGGAGGCGUCGAGUUUCAGGUAGCGCCUGCCGACGAGGUGGAAGCUCAGUUCUUGAAGCACGGGCUACGUCUGGUGGCUUUAAAGUCUAACAACUUGUCUGGUCUUUAUCUUUUCCGAAAGCUUUCCGUGCCCGUCGAAGAAGCAAUGCAGGAAAUAGUCAUGGUUGACAGUGAACAUUGCAACUUGGUCGAUCUGGUCAAGAAGAAAGCUCUCGACUACGAGUGGAAGGCACAAGGAGAGAACAUGUGGCUGCUUGCAGAAGGGGCUGGAGCAAGCGGCGUUGUCGGCUUGGUGAACUGUCUCCGAUACGCAUCCGGAGGAAGUCACAUCAGAUGUGUGCUCGACGCUAGUUCAGCCGGGACGGACAAGCUAGCUGACUUCAACCUGACAAAUCCAGAAUGCAAGGAUCUAAUGGAAAAGAACCUCGUCAUGAAUGUUUACCGCAAUGGGCAGUGGGGUUGCUACCGGCAUGUCGUCGCCAAAUCCGGUGACUUGGCGAGUUCGGAGCCCAUUCUCGGACAGGAGUUUUCUGGAAUGGACCAAGCAGGACGUCGUGUCAUGGGUGUCGUGCCCAGCCAGGCCUUGGCGACCAUGGUUGCUCCAGACCCUGCCCUUCUGUGGGAUGUUCCUGAUGGUUGGACCCUCGCUGAGGCGUCAACCGUUCCUUUGUCAUACUCAACCGCGUACUAUGCCCUCUUGGUGCGCGGUAAUAUGCGGCCAGGCGAGUCUGUGCUGGUCCACUCUGGCAGUGAAGGCAUUGGCCAGGCUGCAAUCGCCAUCGCUCUGUUCAUGCGGUGUACCGUCUUCGCAACUGUCGGUUCCGCGACGGAGCGACAAUUCCUGAAGAGCCACUUCCCACAACUGGAAGACAGCCACAUUGUAAACUACAGCAGCAUUUGCUUAGAAGAACAGAUCCUUGGACAGACACAAGGCAGAGGUGUGGACCUCGUGUUCAACACUCUUCAAGGUGCCCAUAGCAAAGCCAUUGCUCACUGUCUGACUUCGAAUGGCCGAUACCUUAUUAUCAACGCCGCCGGCACCUCCUCACAUCCUCCACACGAAGAAGUGUCUUCGAAAAAGAAGGUCGUCAACGUGAUCACCGUCCCGGCAAAUGUCCUGUUCUUGAACGAUACCACCGCUGUGGAGGACAAGCAGCGAGUGGCUGAGCUAGUGCGUGGAGGAAUCGCAUCGGGUGCCGUAAGGCCGCUGCCUGCCACAGUGUUCACGCGAGACAAGGUUGUGGAUGCAUUCACGCUUCAAGCUUCUGAAACGAGCAACGGCAAAGUUGUACUAGGGGUUCGACCAGAGAAAAGCCACCAAAUCGAGGACAACAGUCAUCCCUUCACGGUAGAAGCCAUCGCCCGCACAUACUUCUACAAUGACAAGGCUUACGUCAUCGUCGGAGAACUGAGCGGCUUCGCUGUAGAGUUCGUGGACUGGAUGGUCAGUCGAGGCUGCCGGAAGCUUCUUCUCACAGCGAGUCAUGGUGUGCUUACGGGGUAUCCACGUCUUCGCCUGCAUCGGUGGAAGGCAGUCGGCACCUCGGUAGUCGUCAGCGAAGCCGACGUGUCGACAACGCACGGUGCUUUGCAGAUUAUCAAGGAAGCCGAAGCAAUGGGUCCGGUCGGCGGCAUCUUCAACGUUUCUGCGUGCCAUGAGGACAGCUGGGUAGCCAAUCAGGCGUCCGAGGUGUUUCAAGCAGACCACAAGACUAAGGCUGACGGCACGCGGCAUCUGGACGAGCAUUCCCGAAAAUUAUGCCCCCAACUGGACCACUUCGUCGUCUUCUCCUCAAUUUCUUCUGGACGCGGGGCUUUGGGCAGGACGUUAACCGGCUACAUCGACUCAGCAUUAGAGCGCUUGUGUGAACGCCGCGUUGCAGAUGGUUUUCCCGGAUUGGCCAUCCAAUGGGGGGCCAUAGAUGAGGACGGCCAAGCUCAUGACGCCCAGAGCUCCCAAGCGGCAUUCAAGGCAACACAGCCACAGCGAAUGAGGUCCGCCUUGGAGGUCAUGGAGAGGUUCCUGAACCAAAGCCACCCCGUUGUCUCCAGCCUGGUCAAGGCUGAAGUCACUUCAAGUUCGGGAAACAAACGAGAAAAUAAUUUCCUCGUGGACUCGGUGACCAGGAUUCUCGGCUUCCAAGAUUCGUCGAAGCUCAACUAUAACAGCAACCUGGGCGAGUUGGGCUUAGACUCAAUCAUGGGCGCCGAGGUACUAAUGGUCAUCGAGAAAUGCACUGGCCUGGUUCUGUCCGUGCAGGGAGUACGCAUGCUGACCCUUAAUGGAUUGCGAGAGAUGAGCAACGAACAACGCUGAAAUUAAAGCUGACACAAAUAUCAUCGUUUCAGUCUUCUUUUUUAAG